AUGAGACUCCAACAACGUCAGAGCCACAGUGGAAGGGUGCUAAGUUACAGCCAAACGGUCAUGAGCCCAUCAGCAGCUGCGGCUGCAGUGGCAGCAGUAUCAUCUGGUGCUGCUUCCAAUGCUCGUGGCAUUGCCAUUGGCACCGUUGGUUCAACACCUACCAGUGUUGCUGCUGCUGCUGCCGCUGCUGUUGCUGCUGCUGAUGCUGCUGCUGCUGCUGCUGCUUCUGCCACUACCAGUGCGACUCACUCACUCUUUCCAGAUGCCUUCUCUCCCCGCUCUCCACACCCCUUCAGCAAGAGCAGGACCUUCAAGCGCAGCCCUGCUGCUUUUGACCUAUCCAGCACAAGCCCAUCCAGUUUUCACGCGCCACAACACCACCGCCCGCCAGCCCUCAUUGCAACAAACCCUCGUUACAGCCCUCGUUACAACCCCACUCUGCAAUCCCCCACGACACGCCCGUUCUCCAAGAGCAAAACCUUCAAGUAUACCUACAGCAACAGCAACACCAACAGCAGCCCCUCCUUUAGCCUCACCAGCCCCUCCAGCCGAACCCCGUCCAAACCUCCUCCCAGAAAAUACAUGUCUAGUGGGAACCUGUCUAGUGGGAACCUGUCUAGUGGGAACCUGUCCGGUCUGCCUCUGCAGCAAGGCACAGACCUGCCCAGUCGAGCCCUCCACCAGGUUCCGCCUGGAAGGGGUCUGUCUCGGCACCUGUCAAUGAACCCUAGGACCGGUGCUGGUGGGAUGGAUCCGUCAAGCAGCAGGGAUGCUGGAUCGGCAGGGGUUAUCACGGAUGGACGAGAAGGGGAUGUGUUUGUCAAUGAUGCAAGAUCUGCAGAUGCACUUACAGCAGCAGGUUUACGCUCCACAGACAAAGGCAAAGGCCCAGCUUUGGAGGAGGGGGUCCAAACGCAAAGGCACAGCUUGCCUGCGCGUGCAGCAGAAACCCUGAGGGUUACACCUGGGGCAGAAGCACAGAGAGCGGUGGCUGGGGCAGAAGAACAACAGAGGGAUGCAGUUGGGGCAGAUACUGAAAACUUUGCAGGUGGGGCAGAUCCACAGGCAUCUUCCUCUGGAGAAGACUCACAAGCAGCAGUUUUCGGGCAGGAUCCACAGGCAGCAAUCUCCAGGGCAGAUUUGCAAGCAUUGGCUGGUGGUGCUUAUAGCGAGGCAGGGCCUGGUUUUACCAGUGAGGGUGCUUAUAACGAGGGAGGGGGCGGGGCUUAUAGAGGGACCCCAUCCCCUGGAGCGUCCAGAAGGGGACAGCUGUCAAGGCAGACUCUGCGGGGGCAUGGAAUGAGCAGCUUCAAUGACAGCAUAUUUGCUGGUGGUGGUGGCAGUGCUUUGGAGAGUCGGUUUGCUGGGAGCAGCUCGGUGGAGAGUAGGUUUCCUGGUAAUAGCAGCUUCAGUGAAAGCAUGCUUGACGGGAGUGUGCGAGAGGAGGAAGAAGGAGAGGAGGAAGAGGAGGAAAAGGAGGGAGAGGAGGGAGAGGAGAGGGUGGGAGAUGGUGGGCGUCAGUUGGGGAGUGGUGGGCAUUAUUUGGGCAGUAGUGGGAGGAGUGUGUCGGUGACAGAGGCUACAGGAUCAAGCAGCCUCCUCCCCUGCGGCACACGCGCCUUCAGCUUCAGCCGAACCUCCACUGCUACCAGUUUCUCGCUUACCCCGACUAGGAAUGUUGCUGCCGCUGCUGCUGCUACCUGCGCGCUUGCUGCUUUCAACGCAAUCAGCUUUGGGGGUUCGCAUGUGGAUGCUGCUGGUGCUGAUGGUGCUGGUGUUGCUGGUGUUGCUGGCGGUGAGCCACCUCACUCAUUCUCCUCUCCCCACUCCCGCCACUUGUCUCUCCCCGUCUGCUUUGUAACACAUCCAUCGCCGGGGGUUUGCUCAGAGAGCGAGACGAUGACCGGCCUGGCUACAGAGGCUUCGCGGAAGGCUCUGGAGAUGGCUGGCGUGGAUCCUGCUGACGUGGACCUGAUCAUUUUCUGCACGUCAACCCCCGACGACAUUUUCGGCGGUGGUUGCCUGGUUCAACGGGACCUGGGCUGCAAACGAGCUGUGGCUUUCGACCUCACUGCAGCUUGCAGUGGCUUUGUCCUCGGCCUUGUCACCGCCUCCCGAUUCAUCCAAGGAGGCGGGUAUGAGCGGGUGCUGGUGGUGGGGGCGGAUGGGCUGUCGCGAUACGUGGACUGGUCGGACAGGGGCACGUGCAUUCUGUUCGGCGACGGCUGUGGGGCCGUGUUGGUGCAGGCUGCAGGCGAGGGCGAGAGCGACGGCAUGCUGGGGUUCGACAUGCACAGCGAUGGCAUCGGCUCCAGUCAGGAUCCGCAUGCAACGCCAGAGUGCAUGGACUGGUCGGACAGGGGCACGUGCAUUCUGUUCGGCAAUGGCUGUGGGGCCGUGCUGGUGCGGGCUGCAGCUGAGGGGGAGAGUGACGGCAUGCUGGGCUUCGACAUGCACAGCGAUGGCUACGGCUCCAGGCACCUGCACGCGUGCUUCAGUGUGACACCGGCGCCAGAAGAGAGCGGGUCUAUUGCAGGGAGGGCGGUGGCGACCCCCAUUGUGAUGAACGGCAAGGAGGUCUACAAGUUCGCUGUCACCUCCGUGCCCCAGGUACGCGUCUGUCGAUAG